UCUUUCUCGUCCAGAUCCUGCUUGACAUUGUGCUGGUGCCGGUCAACGUCAACAAGCUGAACGCAGGCACCGAUGCUGCGCGCCGCGACACGCCGUUCCCUUCCGUCAUCGGAGGAAUUGCACCGACGCUGGACGACAGCAAGCAUCUUAUCUUCGAACCUGGAAUCAGUCGUUCGUUUUUUGAUGAACUUUUAUCUUCGACUGUGACAUCACCGUUUCGGGCUAUAAAACGGCGCAGCGAGACGCUCCACGGCAUUGGGCACGGCAGCACUGCCAACAUGAGGGCUAACAACCCAUUCGUCUUUCUCGUCCAGAUCCUGCUUGACAUUGUGCUGGUGCCGGUCAACGUCAACAAGCUGAACGCAGGCACCGAUGCUGCGCGCCGCGACACGCCGUUCCCUUCCGUCAUCGGAGGAAUUGCACCGACGCUGGACGACAGCAAGCAUCUUAUCUUCGAACCUGGAAUCAGUCGUUCGUUUUUUGAUGAACUUUUAUCUUCGACUGUGACAUCACCGUUUCGGGCUAUAAAACGGCGCAGCGAGACGCUCCACAGCAUUGGGCACGGCAGCACUGCCAACAUGAGGGCUAACAACCCAUUCGUCUUUCUCGUCCAGGUAAGCAAACGAUUUUGCAAGUCCUACCGUAGCAAUAAUGUUUGCUUGAUUUUGCUGCCGUGCCCACGGUCCUGUUACUUGUGGUUGUGCGAUGUGUUUUUCUCUCUGAGAAUGCUACUUUUGCUGAGCGGCGAUGUUGAGGUCAACCCUGGUCCAGAAACAGGCGCUAUUUUACAAAAACUGAAAGAAAUCGCCCGGGACAUACAGGAAAUUAAAAAUGAAAAGGGUAUAACAAAUGACAGACUUUCUGCGAUCGAGCACAAACUGGAAAGUCUCAGUACGCUUCAAAAGAACGUCAGUGCAUGUCGGGAGAGAAUAACUGAACUUGAAACGACUGUUAAAAUUAUUACCAGAAAGGUAGACGACUUAGAAAAUCGAAGUAGACGGUCGAAUCUGAUUGUCUACGGAAUUAAAGAACAAGAGAACGAAAACAGUCAGACACUCGAAAGAGUGGUCGUAGGUGAAAUUCUCGAGAGAAUUCUAAACGUACAAAUAGCAGGCAUCGAAAGAAUUCACCGCCUCGGGAAACAGGCUGAUAACAAGAUCCGUCAAGUCAUACUCAAACUACUGGACAGUAGAGAUAAAUCAAAGAUACUGAAAAACUGCGUCAAACUGAAAGGAACAGAUUUUUCAAUCGGUGAAGAUUUCUCCCGACACGUACAGCAAAUACGUAAGAAGCUUUGGGACCGCACUAAAGCAAACCGAGAUAAGCGAGAAAAGGUUUUCUUAACAUAUGAUAAGGUUCGCAUAAAUGGGCAUCUCUAUGCGUGGGAUGAGACAAAAGAAGACAUAAUUCCCGUAGAAAAAAACGAUGUUCCCGACGAAAACUAACCGAAAGCCACAUUCUGCCAUCUAACCUUAGAGUCGUAAAUAUAAAUGCAAGGAGUCUUCAAAAUAAAGCAUAUUCAUUGGAGUCCUUUCUCUUAGAAUUUAA